AACUAUAGUUCAUGUCAAUUCAAGUUGAACUGAACGCUCUUUGCUUUCUCGCCAAGGCAGCACCAGCUAACAAGCAAGGUUUUCUUCAUGUUUCCCAAUGCAAAUCCAGUAUUUAACUUUGCUUAGGAGUAUCUUCAACUUUCCCAAUUCAAGUUGGAUUGGAAAUUUAAGACGGACAAAGUGUUGAGCCAAAGUCUAAUAUAUACACUAAGAAAGAACCACACCCAAGACAGAAAGACGUUGAAAUCGAUCUUAGAAAUUUCUCUCCUCCGAUAAGAAAGACAAAGAAACAUGUUUCUUCUGGAUUGGCUUUAUGGAGCUCUUUCAUCUAUGGGGCUAUUGAAGAAGAAGGCUAAGCAUAGGAUCGUGUUCUUAUGCCGAAACCACGGCCAGCUCGAAUCCGGGAAAGACUGGAGAGUAAUACAAAGUAAACAGACUCAGCAACCAAACUCAGGCACUACUCUGACUAUAGGGAAUGUCAACUUCACCCCCGUUGAUUUGGGGGGGGAUGAUAUGGCUCGCAGGGUGUGGAAGGCCUACUAUGCCAUUGUGGAUGGUGUACUUUACAUGGCUGAUGCUAAUGCCACGGAGAGAUUUGAGGAAUCAAAAAAGGAGCUCGAUGCUCUUGUCUCCGAGGAGUCACUGGAAAUGGUGCCAUUUCUUAUAUUGGGAAACCAGAUUCACAUACCUCAAGCUGCCUCAGAGGAUGAGCUGAGUUAUUCAAUGGGUGUGACCAAGUACAACCUCCGCCCCCUUGAGGUGUUCAUGUGCAGCAUUGCCCGCAAAAUGGGUUAUGGCGAAGGAUUUAGGUAG